ACGUCCAGUUCGUGUGGACGUGAGGAUAUAAUAGCGUCGAUCACAUACUGGACCGUGCACAAGUUUGCUUAGCACUGCUGGAACCCGCAUUUGUUUACAUUUACACCGUUAUAUGUAUCGAAUGUGUUUAAUCUUAUUUUAAUAUAGGAUACUGAAGAGCUUACGUAUUAAGUGUAAUAUUAAUAGUGCGCUAGCAUUUUCACGAAUAACAUUUAUUCGUAUAGGUUUAGACAAGUGAAUAUCAUAAAUGAUGUGGUCAAUUGUGUUACCGGUAUGUGUUUGUUUGUCAACCCUAUUUAUGUGCAAUACUAAGGCGGAGGAAUACAAAAUAUAUGUCUUGGAGGAUAGAACGAGAACUAUCAAUCUGGUAGACGACCAUGUGUACGGUGGACAGAUAGUCUUCAGCCACAUUGACCAUGCUAAUGCCACUGAGAGUCUACUAGGGCAUAAAAGCUGUAGCAACCUUCGGAAAAAACGUGGAAGCCAUCCCACGAAAUUGGGUAAAAACCAACUGUUCGAACCCCAGGGAAGCCUGACAGGGCAAUAUUGGAGCCAACUGGGGGAACGCCGUGGGGGUAGCAGUCGAGCAAUCCGUCGGAGUGAACAUUCGGAGAGUCAUACAAGUGAAUACUGCGUGUACCUACUCGGGGGAAGGGGUCGGCCACACAGGAUCAUGUUUCAUGUGGAGCAGAGCGUCACCGACCAAUCCAUGAACAACACAUCGGUUAUAGAUGUGAUUGAACACAAUGGACUUGAACUCGAACAAAACGCGUCCAUAUGUAAGCAAUGCAGCACAGAUGGAAGAACGUACACUACCACAGGAGACAGCAUGGUCAUUGUGUUCCAGUACCAACCAGUUAACUGGACAUUGUACUUUUCCGUUUUUCAUGACAGUUAUUUAUGCCGUUCCUAUGAAUACUCCUGUACCAACCACCGCUGUAUCUUCUUCACCCUCAGCUGUAACGGUCACGACCCGUGCGGCGACCAGUCAGACUGUCGCAUCUCCAUCCCAGCUAUAGCGACCCUGGCUCUAGGUGGAUUCUGCGCGCUGGGAGUCGUCUGUCUGCUGCUGUACAUCUGCAUGAAAAGUCGUCUGUCCUCAAGUUGGAGUUCCUGGGACAGACAGCCCAGAUCAUUCUCACCUGCAAAAGCCUUGUUGAGUAUCCAGUCAUUCACUCCAGCAACUGUCACCAUAACGCCUGUACAGAGAAGAUGGAGCUACAAGUACUGAUGGCUGAAAGAUGUUCUGGACAUACUUUUAACAAUAUGUUCAAUGAAAAUGACCCCAAUCAGUGAUUGAGGAUGUACGAAGUGAAUAAACAAGGGUUAGGUUUAGGAUAAUAGUAAGAGAACCGCUAGGGAAGUGCAUGCAAAUCCAUAUUCUGAUUUCGAGUACCAAUUAUCGAACAACCUUAUGGUCGUUCGAAUAAGUGGCAAGGUCAGAGCAAACGAAUAAAACAUUGAAUUACAAAGUAACUUAAAUUUAUGCCUAUGGCGGGUAACGAGUGUAACAGAGAAGCAAUAGUUUGGAGCAUAAUCGAAAUGACCCAACGAUAGAACGUUGUCUAUAUAACAAAUAUUUAAAGAUAGAAUUACGCUAAAACAAGAAUAAUUGUAAUUCAAUUGUUAUUCAAUAAAGAUACAUGCGUACGUUCCCCGAAA